AUGGCGCGGCUGUUGUCACUCCUUCUUUUCCUUGUCUCCGGCAUCCUCGCAUCCGCUUCCACCGACUACCAUGAGCAGCUGAAUCUGCGGCCGUUGCCCCUGUCGGGCCUGCUCGCCAGCUUCAACUUUCGCUCCAACAUUACCCUCGACGACUUUGAGACGAAGAACUUUCGAAUAUUUCCCCGGUCGCUCGCGCAGAUCUUGCAGUACGCGGGCACGCGCGAGCUGCACCUGCGCUUCGCGUUGGGCCGCUGGGACACGGAGACGUGGGGAGCGCGGCCGUGGGAUGGGCGUAAGGAGGGCGGGCAGGGCGUGGAGCUCUGGGCGUGGCUGGACGCGCAGUCGGACGACGAGGCCGACAAGAAGUGGCUUAUUUUGACGAAUGCGCUGUCGGGGUUGUUCUGCGCGAGUCUCAACUUUAUCGACGAGACGAGGACCAUCCGACCGGUCAUGUCCUUCCAGCCCGAGGGCGACCACUCGGAUGCCAUACUUGCCAACACGCGGCUGCUACAUGGGGUGCUGCCGCAUGAGGUUGUCUGCACGGAGAACUUGACGCCAUUCUUGAAGCUUCUCCCAUGCAAAGGCAAGGCUGGCAUUGCGAGCUUGCUGGACGGCCACAAGCUCUUCGACGCCUCCUUUCAAAGCAUGGCCAUUGAUGUCAAACCCAUAUGCGACGCUGAUGGGAAGUGCGUUUUGCAGAUGGAGGAGACGAUUGACAUGGUCCUUGACGUGAACCGAUCGAAGCGACCUAGAGACAACCCGAUCCCGCGACCGCCAAACGAUAACGAGCUCGUCUGCGACACAUCCAAGCCAUACCAUGCCCACGACACCUGCUUCCCCGCCGACCACAUGCUCGGUCAGGACUGGACGCUGUCGCAGGUGUUUGGCCGCCCCAUGCAGGGUGCCUGCCCGCUGACCGACGACUCCGUGCCGCCUGUCUGCCUGCACGUUCCCCAUUCGCGGAGCGUCUACUCAUCUGAAGGGUCGCACGAGAUCAAAGACACAGCGAAGCCCAGACGUUGCUACAACAUCCCCGCCGAGGGCGAGUUCACGCUCGUCCUGGCGCAGCCCGACGUCAUCGUGGACGGCAAGGGCCUCGAGGUCAACGAACCCGAGACGCCGAUCCUCUUCGCCGAGCGCAGUCUGACCGGCUACGGCCAGGAACACGGCGGCGUGCAGGCCAUCCUCACCAACCCCAGCGACGAGGAGGUCGAGUUCGUCUACAUGGAGUCCCUGCCAUGGUUCAUGCGUAUAUACCUACACACCUUGUCCACACAGAUAUCCCCGUCCACCACCUCCUCCUCCUCUUCCGCCGCCGGCCACAACGGUAGCGACAUCAUCAAGGAAAUCUACUACCGCCCAGCCCUCGACCGCGCGCGCGGCACGCAACUCGAGCUGCUCGUGCAGAUCCCGCCGCGCUGCACCGUCUUCCUUACCUACGACGUCGAAAAGUCGAUCCUGCGGUACACCGAGUACCCGCCCGACGCCAACCGCGGCUUCGACGUCGCCGCGGCCGUCAUCACCACGCUGCGGCCGCGCGCCAUGAGCCUCCGUACCACUGGCCUGCUGCUCUACCUGCCCACCCCGGACUUUAGCAUGCCGUACAACGUCAUCAUCCUGACGUCGACGGCCGUCGCGCUCGCCUUUGGCGGCCUUUACAACAUCAUCGUGCGUCGCAUGGUCGGCGCGAACGAGGUGGCCCCGUCAGCGCUCAAGGUGAAGCUCGGCAAGCUCGUGUCACGUUUAAAAGGGAAACCUGCCGCGGCUUAG